AUGGUCCACCCCGCUUCCACCUGCUGCAAGACCUCCCAGGACGGAGGCUGCGUCUGCGCCGCGCAGGCCAAGUGCUCCUGCGGCAAGGAGAACGCCCUCCACUGCUCCUGCAACAAGUCUGCCACCGAGAACACCAUCUCCGGGCCCCGCUGCUCUUGUCGCUCCCGUCCCGCUGGCCAGUGCACCUGUGAGCGCGCCGUGACCGAGAACCAGGCUAUUUCCGGCGAGACCUGCCCCUGCGGCAGCCGUCCCUCUGCUUCCUGCACCUGCGAGAAGGCCGAGGGUAUUGAGUCCGCUCUUGAGGUCGACUUCACCACCCGCUCUUGA